GGGAGUAAGUUUUUCUAAUUCAAUAGCAACUUUAUACCCUCUUGAUCAACAAUACGCUUUGAAACAGGGCCAAACAUGAAUGUGAGUUGACUUGUCAAAAAUCAUAGCUUUUUAAAAAGUUAUAUAACUACUGUCACCGGUUAUAAAGUGCACGUUGAAGAAGAUAAUUAAUAAUGGAUUUGGACAAAGUUGUUUUUAUUUUUGGAUACUUGUUUAUUUUUGUAAAAUUGUGGCCAGUUUCAGCAGAUGGGACACAUGGCCAUGCACUCUCAGUAACAACUGUGCAUGGUUUAAAAACUACUAAAGAAAGUGUAAAUGAAGAAAAUAUGAAGAUUCACAGUGAAAUUCUGAAGAUUCCUCAUGAUUUUAACAAGAUUAUUUAUUUGGAUAUUGUCCAGUAUAUAGAGACUGAUGUUUUCCUGGGAACAAGCACUGAUAACCUAGUGACCUUCGACCUACAUACCCACACAUCUUACAGUUUCCAUCAGCCAUCCACUUCACUGUGGUCUAGUACAGUAUACACAGACAAUGAUAUGUACAUCAAAAUACAAGUUGGUGAAGAUCCUGGUGGAUAUACAGAUUACACUAUAACAACAAUCAUCAUUGGAUUCAUCAUCAUAGUGCUGCUGUCAAAACUCAGGAAUUACAAAUCAAAAUUCAAGUUACAGAUCACAGAAAAAGAUAGUUCCGAUGAACAAUCAACAUCAUUCAUGUGGAAUUUUACUUAUUUAGAAGAAUUUUUGUGGAAGAGAAAAGAUAACAAAAUUUUAAAGGUACAUGAAGAGAGUUAUACAGUAGACAAGACAGACAGGAAGGAACACAUACGGAACACUAAGAGCCAUCAUGAGGAAAAUGAAACUGAAAACAGAUAUUACAUGAUGAGCAGCAGCAAUAACCAAUCAGACUGCAGUAUACUCAAUCAGAGUUACAGAAUGAAAUUGUCCCCUAAUGGUCAGAAAAGAAGCUGGACUUUCUGUAUGGGCAUCAUCUUCAUGAUUUUAGUUGCCACUGUGUUAGCAGUGACAAAUUUUAAACAGAAACGUGUGCUUAAAAUAGAUGUUCCAGAAAAUGCAGUAAUAAGAAGAAUUCGCUCUUACUCUGUCAACCCUGAUUUAUCAGCAAUAGCUUUGAAUAGUAGCAGUAUGACAUUGGUAACUAGAGUCCAGUUACUACAAACUUCCUGUCUUACGGACAAGUCUCUAUGUGAGACCUACGCCAUGUGUGAUACAGACUUAGGUCACAUGACCUGUAGAUGUAAGAGAGGAUUCUACGUCAAAGACAGGAAAUGCAGAGCCUGCGCUACAUCAUGCCGGGAUGGUUAUUACAUGUCACGGGCCUGUACAUCUAGUAGUGAUGUCAUUUGUAGACCAUGUUCUACGUGUUCUGGAGCCUCGUAUGAAGUGGCAGCAUGCAGCAGUACACAGGAUACCAUCUGUGUUGGCGCUGCAUUUCCUAUACAAGAUGUUAAAUGGAAUAAAUUAAUAAAACAAUCAGCUGGUACUGAAGUCUCAUUGACAUCAUCACAAAAUGUGUUCCAUGAAAAAAUAGGAGGAAUAAAGAAGUUAGACGUCUCUAUGUACAUUCCAAACAAUGCACAGGUUCAAGAGUUUGACUUCCAGCGAGAAUCAGGUCUACACAUCAAGAUAAAAGUUUCCAGUCUGUAUCUGGUACCCCAGUAUAUUGAUCUAGAUCAUGAAGAUGAUUUCAAGUUCAUAGAUAGAGAUAGGUUCCAGCUAGAAAAAUCAAAAGAACAGUACAGGGCUAUCAAAAAGGAUUUCUGUAGGCAUCAGUUACCAGAUCAUUACAAACUGGUACUGUACAUCACACGUAACCAUACCUCUGCUGCUGAUGCAGUCACGUGUAACUCACAUGACCCUGAUAUCCCAGCAUGCCCUGAUGGGUAUAAGGAUGGCGAUAUCUACCUCAAUAGACAUAUCAAUACGCAAUGUCCAUAUGAUAGAAAUCAUGAUUUUGAGAGAUUUGAACACAGAAAGAACAAUAUCUACUGUACACACACUACCUCCUUGUUUAAGAAUACUUUCGGACUUACUCCAGAGGACAUCAGUAAUUUUACCUAUCCUUCUGAAGACUGCCACAAGACUACAGAGGACUGUAAUAAAUGUUUGAAAUACCCAACCUGUCGGUCAUAUGAAGGUCAGUGUUGUGAUAUAAAUUGUUACACACAAAGAAGCUGUCAGAAGUCUUUCAGCGAUGCUUGUCCUAAAAAGCCUGUAGAAUGUGCUUCUGGUGAUAUUCACAACUUUGUCUUGGAGCCGGUGUUCUCAUCAGUGAAUGACAGAUUCUUGUGUCAUAUGAAGUACAAAAAACCACGACAUUUAUAUCAAAUGGAAUACACAGUCCGUAUGCUAGGGAUAGACUACACUUUUCCAAAAAGGAUCAAGUUCGCUAAGGGAGAUAUUUCAUUCAACGAGAGAGGCGUGUUUACAUCAGAGUUUAUUACAGCAUCACACUAUUCCUUUCCAAAAAUAAGUGAAGAAAUUAUUCUUAUUGGUUCUGAGAAUGAUAAAAUAACACACAGGCCAACCAAAUUUCAAGUGCAUGAAUUAAAGAAACCACAUGAUUUUAAUAAAAGAAAGAAGUUUCGGGUACGUCCACACAGAUCCAGUCUUGGAUUAAGCAAUGUUUACUCUACGAACAUCCAGGUGGAGAGGCCAUUUAUGUAUAGUUCUUCUACUUUCUCAAAAGGUGGUUGUACUGAGAAGAAUUUCACUGAUAUUUAUCCACCACAACCCCUCUACGAACCAUCUAGCAUCCUUGUGGAUCCAUCAAUCACCAUUACAGGAGCUGGGAUUGAGUAUGAGACACCAGUACAUAACAUAACUAGAUCAGCCUAUAUAAGAAUGUUUAUUGACAAUUCUUCCAUUUUGACUCACUUUCAAGAUGAUCUGCCAAAAUCCGUCUUAGAUGGAAGUUCUGUUUCUGGUGACUUAGUGUGGAAUCCUAAAACAGGCAUGUGGACUAUAAAAGUACAAGGGAAACUACAGACUUGUCCAGGAUAUUUGACAGUUGAUAUGUAUGACCAGUUCAUGGAAGGAAAAUUGGCUCAUUUCGAUGUGUUUGUCAAAUGUCCUGUAGAUUUCCAUUUGACCUUUGACCUCAAGACCCCAAAUACAGACUUACCAAAUGUAUUUGUAGCUAGGAUUAAUGAUUCUUACAUCAGCCAUUACGUUUUAUUGUCUAUGAUGCAUCCACCAUUUUAUCCACCUUCAGAAUAUCCUCUAACUGAGUCAACAAAUGAGUUGUACCAGUUUCCAUGGCUACCCAUCAUUGCUACAUUGGUCUUAACAUCCAUUGUUUUCUCAGCAUUUGUCGCAGCCUUCUUGGUUAUCAAAAGACAGCGACCAAUUCAGACUCCAGAGGUCAAGAAAUACAUCAGUCCACAGACGACCACCUAUAUUGGUGCUAAAGAUGAUGAGAGAAAUGUAAAUCAACCCUUGACCUUGACCUUAUUUGCAAAACCAGUUUCAAAACAUGUGUCCUGUACUUUGUGUGUACUCUAUGUUGUGUAUGCCAUCAUGUUCACAUUCUCAAUGUUUUUAGGAGUAUUCUAUUUAGUCCAGGGACCUCUUGUUAGUAAUUUAACAAUUGUAUCAAAUACAAGUGCUAAAAUUCAUGAAUCUGUUAGCAGUCAUAUGGCCAAAAUCAGUCAAUAUGAAGACCAGGAACUAGUCAAUGCCUUCAAUGGAACAUUUAACCGUAUGAGAGCUUGCUCUGCACAUCUAAAACAGGAUGUAGCAAGAAUAGAUAACUCCAUCAGAAAAAAUGUUCAGGAUGUUUUGAAUAAGUUUUAUAGUGGUCAUGGUUUAGUAAAAACUGCUAUUGAUAUUAGCAUAACUGAAAAAUCUAAACUUAUUGCUGAUAAAUUUCAGAAAUUUUUAACUGAAACUGACUCUGUGUUAGAUAAACAUUUCGAUAAUACACAGCAAAAGUACAUUGAACUUCUUGAGAACUUCAGGGAUAAUUCAUGGCUAAAAUUCUCUAAGGAAAGAUUUGCUGAGCAGCAGUUUAUUUUGGGAGAGGAAAAGACAUUCCAGGGAUUGAAGGACUUUAUGAAGUGGCUUGAAGUUGAUGGAGUGGAACCAGUUCUUAAUUUUAAAGACACUAUAAAGAAAAGAUUAAAGACGUCUGUAGCUGAACUUAUACCAGCAGGACUACAUAUAUCCCCUGAAACAGUUCUAUUAAAAAGCAAUCCUGAGAUACCUGUCAACUUUAAAUCAGAAUUCAAAUCUCAAGUACUAGAGAGUAUGGAAACAUCGUGGGUUAACACUAACUCCUCAUCAGAUGGAAAGUCUAAUGGACCCCAGGACGAUAAAAUGAUGUCUAAAGCAAAGAUGAUCAGUCAAAUGAAACAAAUAAUACUACCAGUGUUCAUAUGUUUGUUUAUUAUCAUGGAUGCUUUUAUGUUAGGCUACAGGUUUGUGUGGUUAUGGAAAAUAUUACGCAAGGCUAAAAUGGGAGUGGAUAUUAAAGUACCAACAGACCAUGUGGCUGAAAAAAUUCAGUUUUGGCAAACAGGAUGUAAUAAUCGUAAAUUAGAACAUGCCUCGAAAGAAAAUCCUUACAAUUUUUAUGCAGAAAACAAAGAAGACAUGUGGUCCGGUAAAAAUGAUCCGAUUCAACUGUACGCCAAUACCGCUCAGAAAUCUAAACAGGAAAUCCUUAGAGAAAUCUGGAAUAAGAAACAAAAAGAGAAACGUAUAUCCUACACAGAGAGUACUCCACACUCCUUUAUAGCUAAAACUAUAUUUACUUUGUCAACUUUUCUUUACAAACAUUUGAUUGCUCCAAUCCUGUGGAGGUUCGUUUUAGUCGGAGCUUUCGUUUUAGUGAUUUGUUUAGUUACAAAGGCAACUUCAGACUUGGUUAGCAUAGAAACAGCCACAUUUCUCAUAGACACUAAAUCCAUCAUUCCACAGUUACAUAGACAAGUUGACAUUACAAAUAGUUUAUUAAUAGAUGUUACCUCUGACCUCAACAUUAUUUUGAAAGAGCACAAAGCAUUGGUUGAUUCAGAAGUGGCAGUCAUUAACCAUUUUCUGACCAGUACAAUAAAUACACAGAAUGAAGUAUUACAACUGAUACUAUCAGACCUCUGUUCUACGACUCAUACAGAUAUAUGUAGUCCAUCAUUACUGAGGGUCCAACAACUGAUCACAUCUUGUAACUUUUUACCAGUUACAUCUUUACCAUUUAAAGAAAUGGAUGAAGGAUUAUUUGUGCAUUAUUUACAUUCAGAGUUAGUUCCCCUUGUUAGUACAUUGAGACAGAUUUUGUUAAACACAUGUUACAUCUUAUUUGUGUAUGCAUGUCUCAUGCUUAUAUGUCACAUGCUUAUCCGUAUUGUGAUUUUCUAUCUGAUCAAGAAAGGACGACUUCCAAGAGCCAUGAUUUAUCUUGUGUCGAACACUAAUGACUGCUGGAAAGUGAACGAGGGCAGUAAUACUAAGUCUAUGUAUCGUAGUAACUCAUGCAUAGAGAGUUGUGAGAGUGGAGUAGUAGGGGAUAUAGAAGAUCACAGAGAGUCUAAUAUGUGAAGCAGUUCAUGGGAUCAAAAUGUGAAUGUUAGAUCCAGUCAUGUGAUCUGAAUGUAAAAUGGCUGAAAUGGGAAGCAUUCAGCAGGAGAUUAGUGGUGAAGCAUGAAGCAAAAGAUAAGUGGUGAAUCACAGUGAAAUGUGAAGCAUGAAGCACAAGAUAAGUGGGGAAUCACAGUGAAAUGUGAAGCAUGAAGGAUGAAGCACAAGAUAAGUGGGGAAUCAUGGUGAAAUGUGAAUCCUUCUAUUGCUGUUGUUCAAAGGUGACGACAGAAGCAGUUUACAAGCGUCUUAGACAAACUAAAAUAUAAAUACAUGCUAUAUACUGUGGAGUCAUUUAUUUUUGUGGGUAUCAAUUUUCGUGGAAAAAUUGGUGUCCAACGAAUAAAAAUGAAUCCACAGUAAAUGAAAAUUCUAGGAACAUAUUUAAAAUGUGACAGAUUUAUUGAACUAUAUAGUUUCUGAAAAGGUUGUCAUGAAAGUGAUUUUUAAAGACAUCUAAAGAAGAACAAAAUCAAGAAAAUUAGAUUCUUUAUAUAAUCAGCUUUCAUUGAUGAUAUUAAUUUUAAUCUUUAUGAGCAAAAUUUAACUUGUGUUCAAAGUAAAAAAAUUAUUGUGAAAAUUAUUUGAAAGUAUUUUUGUGCUUAUUUUUUGGUUUAGUAUUAAAUUGCAAAAAAUAUGUGCAUCUAGAAAUAUAAAAUUUAAAAAUAAUGGUGCAGUGUUUAUAUUAUUUAUAUCAGCUUUUACUACUUUGUCAAAUUAUUUAAGCAGCUUAUUAUAUUACAUGUAUUAAAAUUAAAGAUGCAUUUAUAGAAUUUACAUGAUUGAUUACAAGUAGUCCUUCGCAUGAAAACUGAUGAAUAACUUACUAGGCACUGGCUACGGUUACAUGGAAAUGUAACAAUAAUAAAAAUAUUAUUGUUACAUUGGAGACUAAUUGCCGGAAUGCAAAGUUGGGAAAGGAACCGACUUAUUACGAAUGUAACAAUAAUUAUUGAGGUUACAGUUACAUUGCGUUAUUGUUACAUGAAUACAGCAACAUACGCUGAAUUUAUUAAAUUUAUGUCUUCUAUGGUUUUGUUGCUUAAUUCUUUCAUAUGAUAUAAAUAAAACUUGUAAUAAUGACAAAUAAUGAAUAUUAUUAUUCAACAAAUUGUGUUUGAAUAGUUUUACGUAUUUUAUGGUUUUGAUGUUUUUUAAAGAUACUGACCCAAGUCAGGAGCCUCUGGCCUUAGUCGUGUAUGAUUUUUAAUUUUAGUUUCUUGUGUAUAAUUCGGAGUUUAGCGUAGCGACCAUUAUCACUGAACUAGUAUACAUAUUUGUUAAGGGGCUUGCUGAAGGACACCUCCGGUUGCGGGAGUUUCUCGCUACAUUGAAGACCCAUUGUGGCCUCAGCUGUUGUGUGCUCUAUAGUCGGGUUGUUGUUACUUUUAAGUUGACACAUUCCCUAUUUCCAUUCUCAAUUUUACCUCAAAUAAGUAGUGUCAAAGGCGAAAAUUAUAGUUCAAUGGUUUGUUGUUGGGUUUGGGAGAAAAAAAUAAAACUUUGGAUUGGUUUGAAAUGAAACUGAUUUAAUAACAAGACACAAAUUUCAUACAACUAUACAAAGGCUGUUCUGAAAAAAUGAUAUAAUCAAAAGCAAAGUUUGUUAACUGUGAACUUCUGUAUACAUGUAUCCAUGGAGAACGUAAUUUCGUUUCAAAAUCGGAUAUGUAGAAACUGUAAAUAAAAAUAAAGAAAGAAAUUGUAUGUAAUAAUUGUAUGUAUUGUAAAUAUAAAAUAAAUGUUUUCAACUUUUAUUAUUUAGUACAUAUUACUAGUCCCAUCGGACAUUGCCGUUUUUUCAUGUAACAAUAACGCAAAGUAACCGUAGCCUCAAUAAUUAUAGUUACAUUCGUAAUUAAUCAGUUCCUUACCCAACUUUGCAUUCAGGCAAUUAGUCUCCAAUGUAACAAUAAUAUUUUUAUUAUUGUUACAUUUCCAUGUAACCGUAGCCAGUGCCAACUUACUAUGGGUUCACAUAAGUUUUAUGUACAUGUUAAUAAUGAAAUGAAGUAUGGUAUAUUGUCGUUCAUUAAUAUUUGUCUAUCUUAUUGAAGUACGAGUCAAUUUAUACUUUAAACUGCCAUAUAAUUAUUAGAGAUAUUGUUGUUUUUUUAGGUUUAAUGUCAAUGAGAUUGCAAUCCAAAGAAACAAAAUCAAAAUACAUCUAGAGAUCAUCAGCACACGAUAACAUGCUUUAUUGGUAAAUAAAUCAGGUUGUAGGUUCAGAGUUGGUGUUUAAUGUUAAUGUAUGUCAACAUCAAUAAAUUUAUUGUAUUAUUUAUUAAAUAUUUUAUUUAUUUAAUGCCACCAUCAAAUGAAAAUAAUCAGGAGAAAUAAUUGAGUCGUGUGACCAGAACUUGUCAUAAUAUUUAUUUAACUGUUGUGAUAUUUGUUAAGUUUGUGAUACUUUAAUAAAUGUGUAGCUUAUUUA